AUGGAGAAGCACCACAAGCUUCGAAGGCCCGCGGGAUCGUCGAUCCACGCGUGCAACAUCUGCGGCAUCGAGGGCCACCAGGCGGCGAACUGCACGAACGGGACCGUGAACUGGGCGCAGAAGUGGGGCCCCAGCGCGUUCGCGUCCACGGGACUCGGCGAGUCCACGCUCCCGAAGGAGCCGGACUACAAAGACCUCGCCGCGCAGGCGAAGGCGUUCGCCGCGAAGCGCCUCGCGGAAGAGGAGGCGGCGAAGAAAAAGGCCGAGGGCGGCGGCGACGACGGCGACGACGGCGACGACGCGGAGAAGGAUUCGAAGAAGGGCGGCGAGGACGACGAUUCCGCGAAGGCGAAGGACGGCGACGGCGACGGCGACGGCGACGGCGACGGCAAGAAGAAGCGAUCGCGGGAGGACGGCGACGGCGACGGCGACGGCGGGAAAGAAGCCAAGGGCGCGAAGGUGGAGAAGGCGAAGGAGAAGGACGGCGGCGAGGGGGCGAAGGACGGGGGCGAAGACGAGGCCAAGGCGGCGGCCGCGCCAGCCGCGCCGGGGGCGCCCGGGGCCGCGGCGCCCGCGUCGGACUGGAGGGUGUUCUACGAUAACCUCGGGCGGCCGUACUAUCACAACAGCGUGACCGGGGUGACGCAGUGGACCCCGCCGGUGGUGUGA